AUGAAAACCGCUGUUCCCGGACCGAAAUCCUUGGCCAUAAAACAGAAAAUGGAUCCAUUACAUCAAACCACCUCAGUUCGGAUGUUCGUGGACUUCGAGAAGUCAUUCGGAAAUUAUGUAGUCGAUGCUGAUGGGAACACAAUGCUUGAUGUCUACACACAGAUCUCUUCUUUGCCACUGGGUUACAAUCAUCCAGAUUUGGUUAAAGUCGCCUCAAGUCCAAACUUCAUUACAUCACUUGUCUCAAGACCAGCGCUGGGCUCUUUCCCACGUAACGACUUCCCUGAUGGCAUUGAAGCAGCUCUCACAUCAAUAGCGCCUAAGGGUUUGAAGGGAGCUUUCCAUGGACGUUCUCUUUGCAUGCUAUCGGUAACUAGAAGCAAAGCUAUCCAUAAGGUAGACAUCCCCGCGUUCGACUGGCCCAUUGCCAAAUUUCCACGAUACAAAUAUCCUCUGAAGGACAACAAGGCUUACAACGACGCACAGGACAAGGAGUGUCUUCAAGAUGUUAGGGAAAAAAUUGCAGAGUGGAAGAAAAAGAAUCACGACGUAGCUGCUGUGAUUGUAGAGCCAAUCCAAGCUGAGGGCGGCGAUAAUUAUGGAAGUCCAGAAUUCUUCAAAGAAUUACAGAAAAUCACUAAAGAAAAUGGUAUUUGCUUCAUAGUUGACGAGGUACAAACCGGUGGAGGUGGCACCGGCGAUAUCUGGGCUCACGCUCACUGGAACUUACCAUCACCUCCAGAUAUUGUGACAUUCUCGAAGAAACUCAUUACCGGUGGCUAUUUCUACGGAGAACAUAUGCGCGUAAAAGAGGUUAGCCCUUUCAAAUAG